GUAUUGAUUAAAUAUACAGACGAACUCAACAGCUUGUAAAAAGAUAAAACUUGUAUUAUAAAUGGAAAUUGCAUUCGCUGCCACCAAAAUGCCUAAAGUGAUGUGACUAAUUCAUUUGAAUAUUUAUUGUAAAAACGUGGAACUAUUAUAUAAAGUCUGGAAGGAGAUUGGAAUUGGCACGGAAAAAGGAACAACACUGAAAUGAACGUGAUGCGAUAUUGAGCUUUUAUAUUGGAAUUGACAACAAUGAUUGAUAUGGAAAGAUUUUACAACAAAAUCGGAUCUAACGUUGGAAUAAACAAUAAUCAUUAUAACAGUCAUAGCUACACAGAUGGAAAAAGUGAUAUGAACAAAUAUGAAUUUGCUUCAGAAAAAUCAUACAAUAUAAAUGAAAAAGACAGCUUAUACAAUAAAGCUAACGUAUUUGGUGUCGCGAAUGGAAAGAGUGAUGAAUCAGACCUUGAAUAUAUAGUGCACGUUCUAACCAAUUCUAAGCAUUCAAAUCCGUUGAAAUAUGCCAUCGAAGAACAGCUGAUUGUCGCUUUGUGUCCAGCAAACUGCCGGAGUUUGCUGUUAAUAGCGGAAAGAUAUGCAUUACAAUCACUCAAAGAUGCCGCCAUUAAAAUAAUUCAAAGCGAUGGUUAUCAAACUGUAAAUGAGUACAUUCCUAAAUCCGUCGUCGGUAACGAAAGUUACAUUCCAGAAAAUAACUGUAUCCUUCCAAACGAUUUGAGUUACGUGCGAUAUACUGCAGUUUUUACAGUGAAUAUAUCAACACGGGCAGUACAAGUUGUUGUUUUAGAUUCGGAGCAAGACGUCAAAUGCCACAGGCAUCUGAAACAAAGUAAGAACAUAAGUGGUGAAUUCAAAGCGUGUUGUCUGCACGAUUCUAAAGAAGAUACCUCCUUCUUAUACUGGACUUGUGGGAAAACAUUUUUUAAAUAUGAUACAAUUAUGAAUAGGAACAAAACGUGCAAACCAUUGAAAUGCCGUCGAUGCAAUUUCACUCUUGUCGGGCAUGCUGGGAAUUGUUUUGUUAUUGGUGGCGUUUAUCAGGGUCAAAGGAUCCCGGAUAUCGAGGAGUACAGCGUCAAGAAUAAUACAUGGAGAAGAGUUGCGUCCCUUCCUUUCAACGUUCACACUACAAAUUUGUCAUGUGUUUCCGUUGGAAAUGUGAUUUACAUUUUUGCAGCAUUUAAUCAACAGGAGUCUUCUCAACAACAUGAACUUGCGGUUUGUCUUUUCAAUCCAGACUUAACAAGCAUUAAUGUCAUCGCUGCAAUACCAGUGAAAACACAACAAAUCAGAACGUGUGUAUUUGGAGAGGACGUUUACAUUGCUUCUACCAACGGGGAUUUCUUAAAAUUCAAUACUCAAAGCAAUUUGAUUAAGGAACUUCAGACACAAAAUCUGGUUUGUAAAGAAUUCGGUAUGUACACGUGUGGGAAUGCUGUAUAUCUUGUCGGUGGUGUAAACACGAACGCAAAACUCAAUGACGUCAUACGCAAGUUUUCACCUUUGUCUGGUACUUGGCAGAUACUUUGCAAAACAUUACCCGAUUAUAUGCCAAUUUUUGCAGAUUGUGAGGUAAAAGUCUGUAGAAAACUAGACACAACAAUUGUGCCAUUUUAUGAAAACAACUACAUGGAAAUUCGAUGACAUAUUAUAGACAUGUGUUGUCAAUGGUUGCUGUUUUAAUCAAGAAUAAAGCUAAAAAUAUACCUAAUAAAA